UUUCUCUUUUUGUCUUUUCCCUUAAAGAUUUAUUUAUUUAGCUGGGUGUGGCAGCACAUACUUUUAAUCCCAGAACUUGGGAAGUAGAGGCAAGUGGAUCUUUGAGAGUACGAGGCCAGCCUGGUCUACAUAGCAAGUUCCAAGGGAGUCAAGACUACAUAGUGAAAUCCUGUCUCCAAAAAAAGAUGUAUUUAUUUUAAUGUUAUGUGUGUGAAGAUUUUGCUUGCAUGUCUAUCUGUGGAGCUGCCAUGUGGAUGCUGGGAAUCAAACCCAGGUCCUCUGGAAAAACAACUAGAAGUGUUUUUAGCUUCUAUUUCUUUUGCAUACUAUUCUCUGGCUAUGUACGCUUGUGUGGUAUCUUUAACAAAAGUGUGCACAUGGCCUUCCUUUCUUACUCCCCGGCCAUCUUGGCGGCUGGUCUUGGUUGGGGGCCGUCCCGCACCUAAGGCAGGAAGAUGGUGGCAUCAAAGAAGACGAAAAAGUCUCUGGAGUCGAUCAACUCUUGGCUCCAGCUUGUUAUGAAAAGUGGGAAGUACGUGCUGGGAUACAAACAGACUCUGAAGAUGAUCAGACAGGACAAAGCAAAAUUGGUGAUCCUCACCAACAACUGCUCCGCCUUGAGGAAAUCUGAAAUAGAAUACUAUGCCAUGUUGGCUAAAACUGGUGUCCAUCACUACAGUGGCAAUAACAUUGAGUUGGGCACAGCAUGUGGAAAAUACUACAGAGUAUGCACACUGGCCAUCAUUGACCCAGGUGAUUCUGACAUUAUUAGAAGCAUGCCAGAACAGACUGGUGAAAAGUAA